UUGCUAUUGUCUGCAAACUGGGAUAUUCACCAUGAUCCCGUGAGCAACUUGCCGCCGAUAACGUUAACGUUACUAUGUUAUAAAGCGUCAGUUCUCAGCUCUUGGAAUAAUUUCAUCACCCCAACCCAGCCAGACGUAGCGACCAUGUCGACCACGCAGAAGAGAAUGCCUUAUGUCCGCCUGGGCAACUCUGGGCUCAAAGUUUCCAAAAUCAUUCUGGGAACAAUGCAGUACGGUACCAGCGAGUGGCAAGAUUGGGUUCUUGGAGAGGAAGAAGCUGUUGUCCACAUAAAGGCUGCUUAUGACGCGGGCAUCAAUACCUUUGACACGGCAGACAUGUACUCCAAUGGACUUUCUGAAGUCGUACUUGGAAACGCGCUCAAAAAGCUCAGCUUACCUCGGGAUGAGAUUGUAGUCAUGACAAAGGUCUAUAAUGUUGUUGGCCGCACCCCGAGCGAAAAGGUCUUCAAGUCAGCUGCACAUCCUGAUCAACUAGGCUACGUCAAUCAAAGGGGUCUGAGUCGCAAGCACAUUUUUGCAUCCAUCAAGAAGAGCCUAGAGCGUUUGCAACUCGAUUAUGUUGAUGUCCUACAGUGCCAUCGAUUUGACACAGAGACGCCGAUUGAGGAGACGAUGCAAGCUCUGCAUGACGUUGUCCAGGCUGGCUAUGUCCGGUACAUUGGCAUGUCUUCAUGCUGGGCCUACCAAUUCCAGGCAAUGCAAAACUACGCGAUCACAAACCACCUCACCCCUUUCAUUUCUAUGCAGAAUCACCACAGUUUGAUCUAUCGCGAAGAAGAACGAGAAAUGUUCCCUACACUCAAGAUGUUCGGCGUUGGAUGCAUCCCCUGGUCACCGCUUGCCCGAGGACUGCUCACCCGCCCUCUUGGCGAGCAAACAAUUCGUGGAAAGACCGACUUGUCCAUUAACUUAUACGUCCAGCAUGAGUCUGACAAAGACAUUAUGAGCCGCCUCGAGGAAGUUGCGAAGAAGAGAGGCGCAAGUAUGGCGCAAAUAGCCCUUGCUUGGUCGAUGGCACAAGAUAUUGUAACGGCGCCAAUCGUUGGGACCACGUCUCUGAAGAACCUGCAGGAUCUGCUCGGAGCCAUUGAUAUCACUCUGACCGCAGAAGAGCUUAAGUACUUGGAGGAGCCUUAUCAGCCAAAGUCUGUCGUUGGUCACAGAUGAAAUCCUUCCGGUGGUUGAACCAAUGAAACCGCGACUGGUUCGCAAUGAACAUUCUGGGUUGUAAGAGUAGGUCGCGUUUCUAACCAGAGCUGUAUACAAUGUACAUAGUAAGCGCCGUUGACGUAACGUUAACGCAUUCAACAAUGCUGUCUUUUCUUCUCUCCCCA